AAGAGACAGAUACACAAAACAUGUUAGGAGUCUCAUAAAUGAGGAGAAGAGGAAAAUCUCCCCACUUCUGUUUUGGCGUUAAUAAUUCUCUCAAAGUCUCAUCUCACUCCUCCUCACUUUCUCCCUCACACAGCGCACGCACUAGAUAGACGCACACGCAUUCGAGCACUCACUUUAACCAGUGAUGACCCAAAAUCCUGGUGUCAAAGUUGAUGUCGAAACAGAGCACGAUGGAUCAGUUGUAGAGGGGGGGCUGGUUUCGCUUUUUCAAGAAAAGUUGAUUCGCUUUUUAUCAGAAGCCAUGGAUUUCUGUUGAGCAUAAGUAUAGAAAGAGAGAAAAACAGAGAGAGAGAGAGAGAGAAGAGAGAGAGGAUCAAUUUUCUGGGCUUUGGGUUCUCUUCGCGUGAUCCAUACGUUUCUCGGCUCGACUUUUGUUUUGUUUUGUUUUUUUCCAUUUUCUUUGCUUUGUACAAGACUCUUCUUCCCUCUCGCUUUCGCACACAUAUAUAAGCGUAAUUUGCGGGGCUAUCUUGGAAUUUGGAGAACAGGGUGCAUGCCAUUUUCCGGGGAAAAAUGAAACGGAAUGUUCUUUUUUCUUUUGUUUUUUCUUUUUGGUGUUGUUGCUUAAUGUGAGUUGUGUUGAUCUUGAAUAGUGUUUUGGGUUCGUAGGUUGGCUUUGUUGUGUCCAUUGAAUUGAUGGGUGAGAGUUUUCUUGAAGAAAAAAUUACGGGUUUUUGUUAGGGGGAGAAAGAAGGGAAAAAAAAAAAAAAAGAGAUUAGAAUUUGGGGUUUUGGCCGGGGAAGGAAAAUCUGGCUUCAGUCCGGGUUUUCCGGUGAGGAGAAGUUUGGUUGAGAAGUGGAAUUUAGAGGAACUUUUCCUAUUCCAAGAAGGAAAAAUAAUUGAUAAAGACUUGCGGUUUUUGCCAAUGGUUUGUCCAAACGUCAAAGGAUAGUAAUCUUUGUUUCCUAGACCAGUUUUUUCCAUUUAUCUCUCCUUUUCUCACAUACGAAGAGAAAGAAAAUCCCGUCAAUUUCUCUCUUCCUCUCCCCAUAAAUUCCUUCCUCUGUUUUUCCCUUCCUCUGUUUUCUUCCUUUUCUCUGGGCUUUCUCUCCGUUUUCAACAAGAGUUAGGAGAGAGAAUCAGAGCAAACUCACUCUCUCUCUUUCUCUCUUCUCUCUCUCUCUCUCUUUGUGUCUGUGCGUGUGUGUGUGUGCGUGUUGAAGAAAAUUACGAUGAUCUUUGACAAGGUUUCAAUGCAGACAAACCUUGAAAGCUUCUUGGAUUGCACAACACCCGUGGUCCCAUCUCAAUUCCUGUCCAAGAGCGAGACAAGGAAGCUUAAUAGGCUAUGGCAUCCAUGGGAAAGAGAAAAAGUGGACUACUUUGUACUUGGUGAUCUUUGGAAUAGUUUUGAUGAAUGGAGUGCUUAUGGUGCUGGAGUUCCAAUCCUUUCUGAUGAUGGCCAAAAUUUAAUCCAAUAUUUCGUUCCUUAUCUCUCUGCUAUCCAAAUUUUCACCAGCAGUUCAUCCGCAAACUGUUUAAGGGAAGAGACUGACUCUGUAAGCGAGACGAGGGAUUCAUUCAGCGAUUCAUUCAGUGAUGAGAGCGAGAGUGAAAAGUUGUCGAGGUGGGAUGGAUGUUCCUCUGAGGAAGGCAUAUUCGAGCAGGAUAACUUCUGGCAUCCCAAUGAAAGAUUGGGUAAUCUUUACUUUCAGUACUUUGAGCGAUCAUCUCCAUAUGGAAGAGUUCCUCUUAUGGACAAGAUCAGUAGCUUAGGCCAAAGAUAUCCUGGAUUAAUGUCAUUGAGAAGUGUAGAUCUUUCACCUGCUAGUUGGAUGGCUGUUGCCUGGUACCCUAUAUAUCACAUUCCAACGGGUAGAACCAUUAAAGACCUGCAGACAUGCUUCCUUACAUACCAUACCCUUUCUUCCUCUUUUCAAGAUAUGGACUUUGACGACGACGUUGAGAAUGUUGAUAGAAAAAGAAAGGAAGGGGAAAGCAUCUCCCUCCCUCCAUUUGGUUUGGCCUCUUACAAGAUGCAAGGAGAUGUGUGGAUAUCGGACAAGAGCGGCCGGGACCGUGAGAGGAUUGUGUCGCUUUUGAGCGUUGCGGAUUCUUGGCUAAAGCAAUUACGAGUCCAACACCACGACUUCAACUACUUCAUGGGAAUUCGGCAUGGCUAAAAAGCAUCGACACCACAAAAGUUUCUCGUGUAAGCCCACUACAUAGGUCUGUGUAUUAGAAGCCCACCUCUUCACGUUUAGUAUUUGCUAGAAAGAGCGAGAGAAACAAGUGGCCUGUACGAGCUUUGUAGAAAUGUCGUUUUAACGUGCGUUUUUGUUGAUAAUCUUUAGGACGAGUAAAAGUGAGACUAACAAACAAACGAACGCCCUUUUGUUGGUUUUUUAGUUGUACAAGAGAUGGCUUGUUUCAUGGCAGUUUGUAUGAGGAGAGGGAAGUUUCCUGGGGGGCUGUUAACUGUGAAGUUUAGCUCAAUGUACUCUGUUACCGGUGGAAGGAGUUGUGUACAGGUGAACAAAUGUUUUCAGGCUUUGCACAUUUUUCUCUGAUUAGUUAAAAGAACUUUGACAACCUUGAGAACUUUA